AAAAAAGACCUCGAGCUUUCCUCAAUUAACCGGAGAAGAAGAAGAAGAUGAAAGGAAGCUUCCCGAUCGUCCGUCAGGUCUUCCAACGCCGUUUAUCCACACUCCGCUCGUCGCGAUCCUCCGCGUUGUCCACUUCCGCCGCCCGAUCGCUUAUCGUGGCCCCAAACUCGAUACCGUCACAGUUCCCUAGAAACUCGCUGUUACCUACCUCCACCUUCGCCUCGUCCAUCGAAUCUAACUUCUCCAGCACAUUUUUCCCCACCCGGAGAAGCCUCUGUUCAUCAGCUGGAGGAGGUGGAAAUGGUGUUGUUAUGGUGAAAUCAGAGGAAGAGUUCAACAAUGCAAUGGCCAAAGCUGAAGGUGGAUCUUCACCGUCGGUCUUCUACUUCACUGCCACCUGGUGUGGACCAUGCAGGUUUAUUGCUCCAGUUAUAGAGGAGCUUAGUAAACAGUAUCCCGAUGUAACAACGUAUAAGAUCGACAUUGAUGAGGGUGAACUUUCAAACACUCUCAGCAAGCUGAGUAUCACGGCUGUGCCAACACUGCAUUUCUUUAAAGAAGGCUCGAAAAAAGGCGAGAUGGUGGGGGCAGAUGUUACGAAGCUGAAGGACCUCAUGGAAAAGCUUUACAAGUGAUAAAAACUACUACUUCCAUUUCACUAUCGUUUUUGAAUGUUUCAUUCACACAAUAAAAUGUUAAUUUGUCUGUCAUACCUUUUUUAAUCAAAUUUAUUUAUAAUUCCAGUUAAUAUGUUUAAAUAAUUCUUUUAAUUCAUAACUUUCUGUACAUGGAGGCAAGUAAAAAAUCAAAACUUUUGGC